UCCCACUGGGAAUCUGUCCGAGAGAUUUCUGGGUGAUUUCCUUUCCCCAGGAAUACCUGGAUAAAUACGGCUGGACGGAGCCGGUGAACUGGGAGGAGCUGGCUUACCAAGGGGUCUCCGUGCCCUUGGACGAUGACCCAUCGCCACUGGAUAUCUCCGGCCUGCUCCUGGAAGGCCACUACAACCGGAGACAUGUCAAGCAGCAGGAACAAUCCCAGCAGAUGGUGGCCAAGUACAGCAGUGCCCUGCUCCGAUUCCAGACCGCCAGCAGUAUCCCUGUCACUGGCAUCCUGGACGAUGCCACCAAGGAAGCGAUGAACGUGCCCCGCUGCGGAGUUCCUGAUCACAAAGCCCAUGACAAUGACUCCGAGAGUCUGAAUGGGACAGUGGUGGUGGGCUCUGCUGGGGUGGAAUCCGCUGAUAGUAACAUCAGCACCAUCGCCAACGUGCCAGCCUGGCCAGACCCCUCCCGUUAUGGGGUCCACACCAGGCAGCUCUUGCCCAACCUCAGGGAAGCCCAGCGCAGCCCCACAGAGGACCUCAGCUCUGAGCAACUGGACCAGCUCGCCAGGUCAGGUCAACCUCCGCUCAACCAAACAGCAACAUCUGACCGGAAUGGCACAGGGCUUUCCUGGGAGAGCUCCGAUCCUAAUGGGGAUCAAAGGCCCCGGUUGAUCCGAUGGCUGGUGGACAGCCUGAGGAGGAAGAGAGGCUCCUUGGACUUGUUGGACAAUUCCUUACCCACGGUGGCGUUCAGCAAGAGCACACUCAAAUGGCGGAUUGUGGACGAGGGCUACAGUUCCCAGCUCACCAUCGCAGACCAGAAAAUGAUCCUGAAGUUAGCCUUCCGCAUGUGGAGUGAGGUCACCCCCCUCAUCUUCGAGGAGGAUCUGAUCUCACCGGCCUCAGAAAUCGACAUCAAACUGGGAUUUGGAACAAAACGACACCUCGGCUGCUCGCAGGUUUUCGACGGGACAGGCCAGGAGUAUGCCCACGCCUGGCGCCUGGGCGAUGUGCACUUUGACGACGAUGAGCAUUUUGUGAGCCCCUCGAGCAGUGAGGGGAUCAGUUUACUGACGGUGGCUGUCCAUGAGAUUGGUCACGUGCUGGGUCUUCCACACAUCAGGCGGCCGGGAUCCAUCAUGCACCCAAACUACAUCCCACAGGAUUCCAAGGAUCUGGAAUUAGACUGGUACGACCGCAAAGCCAUUCAACAGAUCUACG